GGACGUUUACCGAGAAACCGAAACUUAACUGAGGGCAAAGACUAAAUCGGAACUGGGCACAGCCUUACGAAGACAUGGAGGCAGCGUGAGAUGAAAACAGGAAAAAAUAUGCACUAUACUGAGAUUUGCACAUUGUUUAUUUUAUAUUUUGUUACUCGGAGUCGUAAUUUAUAAUGGAAACGGAAAACUACGUCGCUAAACUGAACGAGUACUCCCAGAGAACCCGCUUAGCGCUGAGAUAUGAAGACGUUGGAGCUAUUGGCCCGGAUCACAUUAAAACGUUUACAGUGAGAGCAGUUUUGAAUGACAAAGUGUAUCCUGACGGCGUGGGGAAGAACAAGAAGGAGGCCAAACAGCAGGCAGCUAAAAACGCCCUGAGAGGCCUGCUGGAGGAACCAGCUGAGUGUACAGAAAACGCAGCAGAAGCUUCCUCUGCACCAGUUCUUCCUCAGACAGGUACCAUUAACAUCAACUACAUCUGUUGGCUCAAUGAAUACGGUCAGAAGAACAAGCUGAUUAUAAGGCCUGUGGAGUCAAGCAGACUGGGACCAAAUUACUCUUCUCUUUGUUGCAGGUUUGUGGUUGGUGAUAAGGAGUACCCAGCUGGAUAUGGGAAAACAAAGAAGGAAGCCAAGGAGGAAGCAGCCAAGCUUGUAUAUCACGAGAUAUGUGGUGGUAAAACUACAGAGCCUAGAGAGGACAGUGGCAUAUCGAGCCAGCAAAAGGAGGAAUCGAGUCAAAAUGUGUCCGAAAUCUGUGAAAAGGUACAAAACGUGAACAUAAAGCCUGAAGAUGGAAGCUUCACAGAGAUGAAUUUCAUUGGAUUGGUCAACCAUUACUGUCAGAAAACAAGGCGCACCCAUACAUUCAUCGAAGUGAGGAGCUGUGGCCCACCUCACAACCGUCAAUUCUUCUACAAAUUAGUGAUCGACAACAAGGAAUACCCUGAGGGUGAGGGUAAGACUGUCAAGGAAGCCAAACAAAGUGCAGCUCAGCUGGCCUGGUCUGCUCUUCAAGAACAGUCUGACUGGGACAGCAAGGUGUCCUUCAGGUCAACAGUGUCUGAAGACAGUGGGCCAACAAUGUUGUCAUCACCAACAUCUACACUGGAAUCUUUUAAGGCAUCGCCCCAAAGUAUGGAAAGGAGUACAACUGAAUCAGCAUUACUCACAGAUUCAUCAAACCCCACUGAGGCUCAGGUGUCCCUGAGGUCUGUGUCUGUGGACAGUGUACCAACCCAGCUGUCAACACCAUCUUCACUGGAGUCUCUUGAAGCAUCAUCACAAAGCAUGCCAACGGGUACAAGUGACUCAGUAGUCUUUACAGAUUCAUCAAAUCCUUCUAAGGAAAAGGAUGCUGACACAAACAAAAAUAUGGAAAACAGACCAACUGAGACAAGAAACCAAUCACGAUUUACCUCAGACUUUGAUUCCAUAGAAUGUCUUGCAAAAGGAGGCUUUGGUCGUGUUUACAAAGCAAGAGAUAAACUGAUGGACAAGUUUUAUGCUGUAAAGACUGUCCGCAGUAAAGAAAAAGCUCUACGAGAGGUGACAGCAUUAUCAGACCUUCAACACCCUAACAUCGUUCGAUACUACAACUGUUGGAUGGAGGAUUCAGAAUACAAACAGGACAGUUCAGAGGACCCUUACAGCACUACAGAAGACAGUUAUACUGCUACAGAAGACAGUUACAGUGCUACAGAAGACAGUUACAGCACUACAGAAGACAGUAACAGUGCUACAGCAGAUAGUUCCAGGACUACAACAGACAACUACAGCGCUACAGCAGACAGCUGCAGCAGUUCUCAGUUGAGCAGUAAUUCAUCACCGCAGUAUCUCUACAUUAAGAUGGAAUUAUGUGACCCCAGAACGCUUGAAGACUGGAUAGAUGAGACAAACAGAAUAACUCUGCAGCACUCCAAGAGAAGAGAACAAGGUCUAACCACUGCUCUACAAAUAGUCAGUGGAGUCGAGUACAUUCACUCCAAAAAAUUAAUCCACCGGGACCUGAAGCCUCCCAACAUCAUGUUUGGACGGGAUGGAAAAGUGAAGAUUGGGGACUUUGGUCUGGUUGCUGCUCAGGCUCAUGACGCUGAUGGAAACCUGAUGAAGAGAACAUACAACAAAGGAACCGAAUCUUACAUGGCUCCUGAGCAAAUAAGUGAGAGGAACUAUGGCGAAAAAGUGGACAUAUUCGCUUUGGGACUAAUAUACUUUGAACUCCUUUGGAAACGCUCUACUAUCCAUGAAAAAUUUACGAUCUGGGACGACAUCAGAAGUCAGACGUUCCCUGAAGAUUUUUCAGUGACUUUUUUCCAGGAGAGUCUUGUUAUUAAGUCAAUGCUGAGUGAGAAGCCAGAAGACCGACCUGAAGCAAGUAAACUGAAGGCAGAGCUGGAAAAGUGGGCUCAGGCACUCAUGCAUCAGAAAAAUGUAACUGUCUUUGAUGGCGGUAAUGUUUACCUACCACCGAGGAAACAUCGAGAAGAGGAAGUGGUUUUCGACUAUAGGACUCCAUGCAAAAGUGAGGGAACUUUAAAUCUGUGUGAAACAGCUGCAGUUUCUCGAGUCGGCAUGGAAAGAAAAAAUCACGUCGCCAAGUUAAAGGAGUUUGCACGGAGAUCCGGCUCGGAGCUGAAAUUUAUGGACGCUGACCCUGAGGAACCAGAACAGACUAGAAGAUUCAUCCUGAGAGCUGUGGUUAAUGGCCAAGACUUUCCCAUUGGUGUUGGGGACAGCAGAGAGGCGGCCAAACAGAACGCAGCUAAAAGUGCCCUGAGACGUUUGAGUGGUAAAGAAAACCAGCGCCAGGAGAAAGGAAACAUCGCUGAAAAUCCUCCUGCACCAGUUUAUCAGAAAAGUAGAAUUAAACUUACCUAUGGAAACUGUCACAAGAAAAAUGUGCCUAUAAAAUCUGAGGAGGCAACAAAAAAUCCUGCUCUCCUUGUAGUCGGUGAUAAGGAGAACACAGCUAUCCAUAGGAAAACAGAGCAAGAAGCCAAUGAGGAAGACGCAAAGCUCGUAUAUGAUGAGAUAUCUGCAUCUACAGAGGGGCCCCUCUGUUCAGCUGCUUGUGAUGACGGUGCGCUGGCCAACCUGUCCACAUCACAGACUAAACCGGAGCUCUGUGGUACAAAGUCAAAGGAACAGAAUCUUGAUGUGAGGCCCAAAACAAGAGCUGCAGCAUAUUUUCAGAACGCCAGGCAAAAGAGCAAAAAGGAUGCGUUGACUCCUGAAGAAACGAAAACAAAAAACGGCGAGAAUACACCAUCAGAAAACUCUGGUAAAAACUUUGCAUCGGAAUUUGACUCCAUUAAGAAGCUCGGCAGAGGAGCUUUUGGUUGUGUGUUCAAGGCAACACAAAAACUGCUGGGGAAGGAUUAUGCCAUAAAGAUUGUCCCGUACAAAGAAAAAGCUUUACGAGAGGCGAAAGCACUGUCUGACCUGCAUCAUCGUAACAUUGUCCGAUACUACUCGUGUUGGAAGGAAGACUCAGAAUACCAGUGGGACAACACAGAUGACAGCUGCAGCACAUCACGGUCCUCCACUGAUUCAUCUGUCAAGUACCUCUAUAUUCAGAUGGAGCUGUGUAAAACUGAAACACUUAAAGACUGGAUAAAUGAGAAGAACACUCGGUCUUCUUCAAACUCCAAGAGAGGAAAAGAAAGUCUAACGAUUGCUCUGCAAAUAGUCAGUGGAGUCGAGUACAUUCACUCCAAGAUGCUCAUCCACAGAGACCUGAAGCCUGCCAACAUCAUGUUCGGACUGGAUGGAGACGUGAAGAUCGGAGACUUUGGUCUGGUCACUGCUGAGAAUGAUGACGACGCUCAGAUGGAGAGAACAGUGUACAAAGGAACCCCGUCAUACAUGGCUCCUGAGCAGAAGAGUGAGACGACUUACGACCGAAAGGUUGAUAUAUAUUCUUCAGCGCUGAUCUACUUCGAACUCCUAUGGAAAACCAACACUGGUCAUGAAAGAGCCACGGUUUGGCGUGACGCCAGAAGACAGAAACUUCCCCGUGAGUUUUCACACAGCUUUCCCACAGAGUACAUGAUCAUCAGGACUAUGCUGAGUGUGAAACCAGAGGACCGACCCGAAGCAAGUCAGCUCACGACAGACCUGGAGCAGUACGCUGCCAGGCUUAACACUCAAGCCAUAGAGCGUCGCGGCAGUAGGACUGUCUGAGACAGAAGAGCGAAUCAUUGCUAUUGAUUUUAAAUCAUAUCUCAUCAUACAUGUGCUUGUAGGGUGGGCUGUUGUAACAUCUGAAGAGCAUCCCCCAGAGCAUGAAGAUAAAUAUUGUGCAAUGCUAAGACCAGGGAUAAGUUAAGAUAAAGCUCAUAUCAUGAAAUCCUUUAAAUUGCCUACUCUGUUUGCACAGACAGAUGAAUAUAAAGCACAGUACAGUUUUUGUUAAAGGCUGGACAGCAACAAAUCAAAGUGUUUCUCUGACAUAAAUACUGUAUGUACACUGCCAUGUAAUGUCUGUCAUGUCUUGUAAGUCUUGUUUUUUUAUUUGUUUGUUUUGUUGAUGUUUGCAUCCCACUUUAUAGUAUGUCUGUUACUGAUUCCUGGCUUACAGUUAUUCAAACUAAGAUGUGAUAUCAGUCCCUAUGUUGUAUAGCUUCCUGUGACAUGUCAUACAGGCACAGCACAACACAUGCAUUGAGUAAUUCAAUAAUAACGUUAUAACAUUAUUAAAGCUAUUGGAAUUGGU